AUGCUAGACAACCCUAAUAAUGAAGUUCUACCUGAUUUCACUGCUGACGAACAUCAAGAUGCUAGGACUUGCUUAAUUGACAGUGGCGUCCCCGAUGAAGCCCAAGCUGCAGAGGCACUAGCAACCAUCUGGACUAUGAACAACAACACAGCCAAAGACCUUUGGCAACAAGCACUUGAAGAUGAGUUGACCGUGGCUUGCAAAGAAGAGCACAAGAAGAACAAGUCCAAGUUCAUACCUGUCUCAGCCGCCAAGACACCUACCACCCCCAUUGUCAUUCCUUCCAACUAUGCUGUCCAAAAACUGCAAGCAGGAGACUAUUGUGAACUAUUCUACUUCACUAACAAAGGCUUAAGCGAAGCUAAAAAGAACUUACUCUCGACGGAACUGCAAGGCAUGGUACUACUCCCAGGAAAUGAGGGCCAGCAGAUUUGGGUCAACACUGAUGAAACCCAUGACUCCAAAACAGUCAUCACCAAGGAUGAGAACCUCUCCUGGGAGGAAUUUAACAAAGCCGCUCCAUGCAUGAUCCUCGCUAUGAAACAGCAGGAAUGGCCAGAGGAUAGAGUCAACAUGCACAUUAGCUUCUGGACAGCACUCCAGAACCAUCAUUGGCAUCAUGCCAUAGACCCGCUGUAG